AUGGCAGACGCGGCAGAUAAGGCUGUUCUCGGUAAGGCAAUAUCACCUGAUGGAGAUGGUCCGUUGGAGGGCUUCACACAUCAUGCCGAGGACAUCACUGCGGACCGGGAGCCGUAUGGCCCGCCAGGGCUGCGCGGCCUGGUCAGUAACCCGUUCGUGCUGAUGUGCGCGGCCUGCUCGGCGCUCGGUGGCUUGGUCUUUGGUUAUGAUCAGGGAGUCGUCUCCGUCAUCCUCGUUAUGGACCAGUUCUUGGAGGAGUUCCCGCGGGUCGGGGGCUCUGGCGCUGGGUUCUGGAAGGGACUGCUAACGGCGAUGAUCGAGUUGGGCGCCCUGCUGGGCGCGCUGAAUCAGGGCUGGAUCGCCGACAAGAUCUCCCGGCGGUACUCGAUUCUGGUGGCUGUGGUGAUCUUCACCAUUGGCUCCAUCCUCCAGACCGCCGCGGUCGAGUAUUCCAUGUUGACGGUAGCGCGGUUGAUUGGAGGUGUAGGCAUUGGCAUGUUGUCCAUGGUGGCACCGCUGUACAUUUCCGAGAUCAGUCCCCCGGAAUGUCGUGGAACCUUGCUUGUUCUCGAGGAGUGGUGUAUCGUGCUUGGCAUCGUGAUUGCCUACUGGAUCACGUUCGGCACGCGGUACAUGGCCGGCGAAUGGUCCUGGCGUCUGCCCUUCCUCCUGCAGAUGAUCCCCGGGUUUAUCCUCGCUGCUGGUGUCAUUGUUCUUCCAUUUUCGCCCAGAUGGCUCGCCUCCAAGGGUCGCAAUGAGGAAGCACUCCAGAGUCUCUCCAAACUGCGCAAUCUGCCAGCCUCCGACAGGCGAGUACGCCAAGAGUACAUGGAUAUUCUAGUCGAGGUUCGUUUCCACCAAGAGACAAACGCCGAGAAGCAUCCGACGUUGCAAAGCGGGGGCACCAAAAACUCGAUCCUGCUAGAGCUGGCGUCAUGGGCCGAUGUCUUCAAGAAGGGGUGCUGGCGCCGAACUCAUAUUGGUAUUGGCAUCAUGUUCUUCCAGCAGUUCGUGGGAAUCAACGCCCUCAUCUAUUACUCACCAAGCUUAUUCCAGACUAUGGGCUUCGAUACCAACAUGCAGCUUGUCAUGUCUGGUGUUCUCAAUGUGCUGCAGCUGGUUGGUGUUACGACCAGUAUCUGGAUGAUGGAUACCCUGGGUCGCCGGAAGCUUCUACUGGGUGGUUCUGUCCUCAUGGCUGUUUCCCACAUCAUUAUCGCCAUCCUGGUGGGAAAGUUUGGCCCCAACUGGGAAGGACACCAGACACAGGGGUGGGUCAGCGCAGCCUUCUUGCUGUUCUACAUGGUUGCCUUCGGUGCCUCGUGGGGUCCAGUUCCUUGGGCAGUACCAUCGGAAAUCUUCCCCUCCUCCCUCCGCGCUAAGGGGGUCGCCAUCUCCACCUGUUCCAACUGGCUCAACAAUUUCAUUAUUGGUCUUAUCACCCCGCCUUUGGUCGAGAACACGGGAUAUGGUGCCUACAUAUUCUUCGCGGUCUUCUGUGUGCUCUCAGGUGUGUGGACCUUCUUCUUCAUGCCUGAGACUAUGGGUCGCUCGCUCGAGCAGAUGGAUCACGUCUUUAAGGACAACUCCAAUGCGCAUGAUCGGGAGCGCAGACGUACUAUCGAGGCGGAUGUAUUGGCGGAGCGCGAACAUGCAUGA